GUGAGUGAUAGUGGGAAAAAUUCGUUAAUCGAUUAUCUCUGAGGAGCCCAGUAACACACACGAGUUCGGAGAAAAUAAAAUCAUUCUCAACCUAAUUCCCCUCACGCCCGGCACGCCCGUUUACGGUCUCACCAUUGCGCCCAUCUGGAUUAUGGGCAUAUCCGAGGAAGUCAAGCUGGACGACCUACCGCAAGAAGCCAAACUAGCACAUCAGGAUGCUAUGCCUGAUCGUUCGGCCUCCUGCAUUGUGACCACCGGUGCUAGUGGCGGCACGAAUAGCCCUAUUUCGGAUGCGAACAGCGAUGGUGACUUAGAUGAUUAUGCGCCGAAGCGAAAGCAACGUCGAUAUCGCACCACAUUCACCAGUUUCCAGCUGGAAGAGUUGGAGAAGGCGUUUUCGCGCACGCACUAUCCGGAUGUUUUUACGAGAGAGGAAUUAGCCAUGAAAAUUGGUCUAACUGAGGCGCGAAUACAGGUUUGGUUUCAGAAUCGCCGCGCCAAGUGGCGCAAGCAGGAGAAGGUCGGACCGCAAUCACAUCCGUACAACCCGUAUUUGCCUAGUGGGCCGGGCGCCAUGCAAGCCGUCGUUGGUCCGACAUUGCCGCCAAAUCCAUUCACGCACCUGGGCUUCAGUUUGCGCAAACCGUUUGAUUCGCCCGCAAAUUUGGCCGCCUUCCGGUAUCCACAUCUGUCGGCGGCGCCUAUGCUGCCAUCUGGAUUUUACAACCAAUUUCAAAGAGCUCCUCCACACCUUUUGCCCAGCAUGGCCAGCAUGUACUCGCCGGCCACGUCCUUCCAAACGCUACUGGCCAAUAUGACCGCCGUGCCCCGCCCACCGCCGGUAUCGGCACAACUUACCGUCGCCGCUGCCAAACCGCCAAUGCUCAUUUCAUCGCCCGAGCUACACUCACCCAAUCACCUCAUUGCCUCACCACCAAUUUCACCUUCGGCCAUGACAAUACAAUCGAUGGUACCACCACCGCAACUGCCGCCCCCACCACCAGUGGCACAUUCCCAUGCGCAGCAGCAACAGCAACAGACUCAAUCGGCACCCGUGGUCAGCAUGUCAAUGAUGCAUCAGGCUGUGCCGCAACAGCCGCCGCCAUCAGCACCCCCAAGUCACUCACAAUCGCCACUGCAGCUGGCACACUCACCACAACAUCAGUCGUCAUCAUCGACGGUGCCACGUACUGCAACGCCACCAGAAGAUCGUCGCACUUCCUCGAUUGCUGCAUUGCGGCUGAAGGCGCGCGAACAUGAGCUCAAGUUGGAAUUGUUGCGUCAAAAUGGGCAUGGCGAUGUGCUGAGCUAGUUGACGCUGCAGGUGCUGCUUGUGAGGAGCUGUCCUCGCAAGGUUUCAAGAACGGGCAUGGCUGAAAGCGAUUCGGAAUUCGUAAAAAUAAAGACGAGAGGGAGAAGGGGAAGUAUCACUUAAACCAGUGCAAAUGCUAAGCAAUUUCCAGUAUAGUGGAUUGAAAAUGUAUUAUUAUAAAAAUAAAAUUAUUGGUAUUUGAUGAAUUACAAGCUACCAAUUAUUCAGUCGACAGUUUUGUAACAGAAUAAAAGAUUUUAAAUUAUUUCUAUAAAUUAUUAUAAAUAUGUGCGACGAAUGUACGCUCUG